AUGCCAUAUAUAGACUCACAAGCUAUCAGCCUCCUGCUGAGCAUCCUUUCUUCCGGUUCCACUGCUUCCCGGACAGCAUUUGUCCCACCGCCGCCGUAUCUCGCUCUAGCGGCAACCCUAGCUGUACAUCCUACAACCACCACCCGUUCCAAGCCGGAAGAGUACCGACAGGCGUCCAAUUCAGCUCUACAGCUGCUGAAACUUAUCAACAAGCUUGUGGGACCCCUUGGCGGCGGAUUUGGUACCGCAUUUGUCUUUGAUCGCUAUGCCAACCUGAGAAAUGGUGGCCGGUAUGCGGCAGAUGGUGAUGCAUCGAAAUCAGGCGGAAUCAGCCAUAUGCAGAUGGACCCUUUGAAUCUGGAUCUUGCGCAGGGCAAUUCACUAUGGUCACACGCGGAAGAUUUUUGGCAAGUUGUGGGAUGGGCACUCAACUGCUCCGUUCUACACCCCAAGAGAUGGACCCGAUGGUAUCUAUUUUUGCAAUUUAUGUGCGAUAUCUUAGAGGAUGACUGGAGAGAACGGGAGAAACAGUUCAAAGCCACUCCUGCUAAUAGCACCAAAUCCAACAAAAGCUGUUCGGUGCUCACAGAGAGUCUAAUAUUUAACUACAUCUCUACAACUUCGAGUUACACUGGACGUGAUAGGAGGAUUUUGAAAGCCAUUUUUGCUGAUGGCUCUCAAACGUCAAUAAACGAAUAUAGGGAAGUUUUUAAUAAUGAACUUAAGGAGCUUUUGAAAGAUACCGAUCAGAUGUCAGGAAGGAAAGGUGACGUGAAUAUCGACGAAGGUGCUUAUGGUGAUUACCUUGACGGUGCUGAUUACGAAGAGGAAGAGGAGCUGGAUGCUAUCCCCAAACCAUCCGGUGGUCCUGAUAUAGCUGAGCCCAGCCGAGCAAAACGCCAAAGGAGGUCUACCAGGAAGAAGGCCGAAGCCAAUGCGAUUUUUUCAGAACCUGGAGAUGAGGCCCCAAUAAGCGCAAAAUAUGAUAAGUUGGACCACCUAGGGAGCCUACAGUCUCUCACUAUUCGCCAACGGCUUCUACACCUAUUAUCCUGCGUUUCAAACACCAUACCAGAACACUUUAUGUCACUCGAUAAACUUUACUCCUUCUACGUCGAGUUUAUUCGGCACCUCCCGCUCCCUACCUUUCAACUAUUAGUCUCUCCCUCCGUGCUUACCCACUUCCCUCCCGCCUGCCAGACCACUCUUUGCGAAAUGCUACUUUUCAAUCUUCUCGAGAAUGCCGCCCCGGGCUCGAGCGAGAAGUAUCUCAGUCAGAACAAGCUUGAGAGGUGCUUCCUUCCAUUUGCUUCAAAUACCAACAGCAUGAUUGAUAACGCGAAAGUAUCAAUUUUGCUAGAGUCUUUAAUUCGCCUCCUUGCAGCCAAUGGAUUGCUGUUAGCUAGGCCCACGCUAACGGCUGCCGUUGAAGAAGGCAUCGGUCAUCGAGCAGAGAAGGCUCAGAAUGACCUUAAAAGAAGCCAUAAUAAGAAGUUGACUGAGGAGUUCGGAUGGGUGUGGCUGAUUGAGAGCGGGGAGCGUAUGGUGUAUCUGGUUAAUAAGAUCAUUCCGAAGGAGCCAGCUCGCGAAUACAUUGUUCUUGAACCGUAA